GUGUUGGAUUUCCAUCGGGCCUCAAAUGGUCUUUUAUGCCAAAAGUAUCUGAUGGUCACCCUUCAUAUCUUGUUGUCAAUGCUGAUGAAAGUGAACCUGAAAUCUGUAAAGACAAGGAAAUCAUGCGCCAAGUCCACAAAUUAUUGGACGGCUGUCUGAUCGCUGGAGUUGGGAUGAGAGCUUCAGCUGCUUAUAUCUACAUCAGGGGUGAAUAUGUGAAUGAACGUAAGAACCUUGAAAGAGCUAGAAAAGAAGCGUACGAAGCUGGACUGUUGGGCAAAAAUGCAUGUGCUUCUGGUUAUGAUUUUGAUGUUCACAUACAUUUUGGUGCUGGUGCUUCUUUUGUGGUGAAUAAACAACAUUUCUGGAGAGCCUUGAAGGAAAACAAGGGAAACCAAGAUUGGAGCCUCCUUUCCCUGCUAAUGCAGGAUUAUAUGGCUGUCCAACUACAGUCACAAAUGUUGGAGACAGUGGCUGUUUCUCCCACAAUAUUGAGGCGUGGUCCUGAGUGGUUUUCCAGUUUUGGGAGGAAGAAUAAUUCUGGGACAAAAUUGUUUUGUGUCUGAGGCCAUGUCAACAAGCCUUGCACAGUUGAGGAAGAGAUGAGUAUACCACCUAAGGAGUUGAUAGAAAGGCACUUUGGAGGUGUCAGAGGUGGAUGGGACAAUUUACAUGCAGUAAUAUCAGGAGGUUCGUCUGUUCCACUUUUACCUAAAAACAUCUGUGAUGAUGUCCUAAUGGAUUACGAUGCACUCAAGGCUGACCAGUCAGGACUGGGAACUUCUGCAGUAAUUGUGAUGGAUAAAUCAACGGAUGUUGUAGAUGCAAUCGCAAGGUCUUCUUACUUCUAUAAGCACGAGAGUUGUGGACAAUGCACACCCUGCAGGGAAGGGACAGGAUGGCUAUGGCUGAUCAUGGAAAGAAUGAAAGUUGGGAAUGCAAAAAUUGGAAGAGAUUGACAUGCUUCAGGAGGUGACUAAGCAGAUUGAAGGGCACACAAUUUAGGCCUGAGCUCGAGAGAAGGAUUAGAGAGCGUGCAGAAAGGGAGUUGCUGGAGGCUUCUGCUUAGUUUCUUCUCAGGGGAUUCUCUGUUUCAAAUGACAAUUAUGGAAUAAAGUUUAAGUACCCAAAACGUGGAGCAUUGCUGACUCAGGCAUAGGGUGGUCGGGUUGUGUUUUAUUUGUUUUUUUUUUUUCACAAGCACUUGUGUUAAAAACAUUUCACUGUUAUUAGAAAA